GGGUCCAAUGUUUUCCUAAUAAUUUCCCAGAAAGGAACAAAUGUGACUGUAAAUUCAUAGGAAGAUUUCUGGAAAAGACUGUAUGUAGGGACAAUGGAUACAGUGAUCAGUUGGUACUCUUACGUAUUAGUAUUUCAGGUCAGCAAUAAAUGCCAAAAUGUAAGAUUUCUUUGCAGGCAAGCAACCAAUUCAACAUUGAGUAUUUCUAGUCAUUAGCCUUUGAACAGUUCUUAUAAGGAAAUAGCUCUCACUUCUACUGUCAAUGUUCCAAUAUAAUCAGUAACACAUUACAUAUCUCUUUCCAGAAACGUUUUUUAAGGAAAUAUCAGGAAAUUACACAACCCGUCCACUAUGUUUCUGACUUAUUUUGUCAAAUAAAUGACAAUCUAUUCGAAAGUCAAGUCCAGCACAACAUUAGAUGUUUAGUUAAGCCAGGGUUUUCCCUACUAUUAUAAGGCUACGGCGCAGCAUUCAAGCCGUUUUGGGCACCACCUAAGCCGAAUCAAUGUAAAAUCAAUGUGAACAUCAAAACUAACUUAAUGACUUUUUACAGAUCUAAUGGUUGUAGUUGGUCCCAGCUUUUGAGUUUUAUUUAUUAUCUGCUCUAGCUUGUCCAGCGUUUUAGACACAGAUAUAGUAGUAAUUAUGGUCCAAAAUAAUGUCAAAUUACAAUUAUUUUAAAUUGAAAAAUGUCACAUUUUCUUAAAGGAAGGACACCUAAACCCCCCGCCAAAUAUGUGCAUCCAAGUCUUCCGUAGACCUAGGGAAAACACCGGUUAAGCGUCCAAAGCCACUGCUUAACGGAUUUUCCCUGGUCUGUGGUCUCCCCUAAACCUGGUACUCCACUCUGGGAAAAGACAGCAAUCACUUGAAGCAGAGAAGGAUCCUGUAUCGGGGCGACGUUGGUCCUCGGGGUCCCGACACGCUUUCCAGGAGCAGAGAGUAGGCUGUGCGUGCAGACAUGUCGGGUCGCUCCGCUGCAGAGAUGGAUGACUCGCAGGAGCUGCCGACAAAGAAGGCCAAGCUUGAGAUGGACGGUGGACUGGAGAAGGAGCCAAGUGAUUUAGGUGACGAUGGGAGUCCAUCUGCUGUGUUGGGUUCUUCAGAGCAGGAAAGCUCUUACUCUGCCCUGUCCACAGCCCAACUUGAACCAGGUGAUCAGGAGCAUUCGGACGCAGACAGAGGGGCAGCACCUCGAGCAUGCGGUGACUCCAUGAACUCCUAUGCACAUCCUGCCACAGACUCAACAGCAACAUCUGAAUACACCCAACAGGUUUAUCAAGGAAGCAACCCAGAAGUGACGUCGUACACCAGCCAGGUGGCCUUUCCUCCUCUGGCCCAGUCCACUGCAUACUCGGCCUUCCUCCAGACAGGCCAGAACUACGGCCUCCCGCCCUUCGGUGCUAUGUGGCCAGGCAUUAAAACAGAGACAGGGCUGCCUGAGGCUCCCUCUGGUGGCCAGUCUGGGUUUCUCAGCUUCAGCAACGCAUAUACCUCAACCCAGCCAGGCCAGCUGCACUACUCAUACCCAAGCCAAGGCUCAAGCUUUACAACAUCCAGUGUGUACUCCAGCAUCCCUUCAGCUACGGCUGCUACCACAACCUCCACCACAGUGGCCCACCAGGAAUUUAGCAGCUACAACUCUCUGGGACAGGGUCAGUUCUCUCAGUACUACGCUCUGCCUCCCAGCUACGUGCCGGCCGGGCUGCCCAGCAGCGAUGACCACGGCGCCGGUGUGGGAGUGGCCGGAUAUUCAGCUGUGAAGUCGGAGCAGGCCGCCUCAGCUGGACUGCCUCCCAGAGAUGCGUCCCCACCAGAGAACCUCCCAGCAGGUGCAGCCCUUCCUACCAGUGUGGCUCUCCCCGCCGGAGCCAGGGAUCACGACGAGGUUGGACGUAGGAACUCUGUAGGCAAAGCCAAAGGGAAGGGCCGGAGGUCUGAUAGCUCCCCACCUGCUGACAGUGACCUGGAGCGCAUUUUCCUUUGGGAUCUGGAUGAGACCAUCAUUAUAUUCCACUCACUUCUCACUGGCUCCUACGCACAGAAGUUUGGCAAGGACCCAGCCACAGUGCUGAACUUGGGCUUGCAGAUGGAGGAGCUGAUCUUUGAGCUGGCAGACACCCACCUUUUCUUCAAUGACCUGGAGGAAUGUGAUCAAGUCCACGUUGAGGAUGUUGUCUCUGAUGACAACGGACAGGACCUGAGUAACUACAACUUCUUGGCGGAUGGCUUUAAUGGUUCCAGUGGUGGAGGGGCCUCAGGAACCACCACUGGAGUCCAGGGAGGGGUGGAGUGGAUGCGGAAACUGGCCUUUCGCUACCGUCGGCUAAAAGAGAUUUACAAUAACUAUAAAGGGAAUGUUGGAGGCCUGUUGAGUCCUAUGAAGAGGGAGCUGCUUCUCCAGCUUCAGUCUGACAUCGAGAACGUUACGGACGCAUGGCUCAGCACAGCCCUCAAGUCUCUGCUGCUCAUCCAGUCCAGGUCUGAGCAGAGGGGGAAGUGUAUGAAUGUGUUGGUCACUACCACUCAGCUGGUUCCAGCUCUGGCGAAGGUGCUGCUCUACGGCCUGGGAGAUGUCUUCCCCAUCGAGAACAUCUACAGUGCCACUAAAAUAGGGAAAGAGAGUUGCUUCGAGAGGAUCGUCUCUCGCUUUGGGAAGAAAGUGACUUAUGUGGUGAUAGGGGAUGGUCGAGAUGAGGAGUUUGCAGCAAAACAGCACAAUAUGCCUUUCUGGCGGAUCUCCACUCACGGCGACCUCGUGUCCCUGCACCAAGCGCUGGAACUGGACUUCUUGUAAAGGAGGGCAGCAUUGAAUGUCGCACGCUAAAGGGAAAAUGUAGUCGUCAUCGUCCUGUCGAUUUUUGUGGAGUGACAUUGUGCGAGAAAAGCCUCCACAACCCCUCAACGACACACACUUGCAUAUUUGAAAAUCUGCCCUCGCAAAGACGACUAAUGACUCCGUAUGUGUGACGGUGUGUGAUGGUAACGUACCGAGGUGGACUUUGGCUCGGAGCUGACUGCGAGAAACAGACUGGAUGCAUCAUUCGGCUGAGUUAGGGUUCCUCACGCCCAGCACUCCCCUCCUUUACGGCAGCUAACCUCACCACGGCUGAAACUGGCACUGAUUUGGACGCAGAAGGGAAGAAAUCACUUCAUUUUUUUUUUUUUCCUAGUCUUUGGUCUCAUUUUCUUUUCAAGUAUCAAAGUCUCUUGCAGUGAAACCGAUCCCUCUAAUUUGUAUGUCUCUUUCUGGCAUUGUCUUUACUUUUUUGUUGUUGUGGCUUUUUAUUUAGGCUCCGUGUUAACUGAAAGAAUAAUAGCAAAGCAAAAAAAAAAAGAAGUUCUUUCUUGGUUUGUUUUGCACUCAUACAAAGAAAUGAAAGCAUCAAUUUGCAGAAGUUACUGUAGUCAUAAAGUAUUAUAUCAUAAUCCCAGAAUUUAACAUUACGAAACUAGAUGAGGGUUAAAAAAAUGUAAUUUGGUCAUGACCUCCCCUCCUGACCCGACCAAACCACACCACCAGUCAGCUGUCCUGACCUCUCCACUGUGUUGCAACAGCAGACGUAUGGUCCUCUUUAGUAUGUGUGAUCUGUUGUCAGUGAGUAGGCUAUGUGGCGCCAGUCAUACUUCUCACAAACCUCAACCAGCCUUCCUGUGAGGUAGUAAGCAGAGCGGGAAGCACCAAACAUAAACCAAAACACUGAUGAUCAAUUUCUCAAUGACUCAGGAGUUUUCCAGUAGAGUUGGACUUCACUUUGGCGAGUAGACGAGAAGUGCAUUUCCUGCCCCAGCAGUAGUCGGUAGACAAUGCACGUGUCCAAUGAAGACUUUAGUAGCUGUGUCCCAAAUCCCAAAUAAAUACCAUUCUGUCAUCGCGGAUCAUG